AUGGAAGAUCCAACCUCGAUUGCCAAGGCUAAGAGCCUACACCGAACCUCGACCCGAUCCGAUGAUCUACUACAGCCCCAAGAUAACCCCAGCAUCUGUCGAAUAUGUCGAGGCGAAGGAACUCCAGAGGAACCGCUGUUCUACCCUUGCAAGUGCAGUGGUAGUAUUAAAUAUGUUCAUCAGGAUUGCCUGAUGGAGUGGCUAUCCCAUUCUCAAAAGAAGUACUGCGAACUUUGCAAGACAUCAUUCCGGUUCACGAAGCUAUACGCCCCCGACAUGCCACAGUCUCUUCCUGUUCAUAUCUUCAUCGGACACAUGGCCAGAUACUUCUUCCAAAAUGUCUUGGUAUGGCUUCGUGGAGCCCUGGCCAUCAGCGUUUGGCUCUGCUGGUUGCCUUACUUUAUGAGAGGCAUUUGGUCAGUCAUGUUCUGGGUCAGUGAUGAGGGUUUUGGCAGCACUUCCACGAUGACUCGCUCCAAUGACACAGCGUCGUCGACAGCAAGCUCAUUACGGGGAAUGUCUCCUUCGGCCUUGGAUUUCGAGACAUGCCCUGGAAGCCCCUUAUUUGUGUCAACUACUACUCCAGCUUCGGUUGCCAAUACUCUGCUCGAUGGUCUGUCUGAACAGAAUAUUUCUGACUUCUUCGCACGUAUGAUGUCUAUUUGGGGCGUUGCAGUCAAGUCCGACCGCCCUGAAUCUACUAACGCAACUUCAUCCCCGUCCAUGUCCAUACCGCCAACCCUGCUUGGAGAGGUAGCAUUCUUAAACAAUUUGACUCGAAACCCAACUCUCAACCGCGCCGUUAUUUCAAUCCUUGAAGGUCAAAUCAUCACUGUCUUGGUCAUCGUUUGCUUCAUUCUCGUUAUACUGGUUCGAGAUUAUGUUGUUCAGCAGCAGCCAGAGAUGAACGUGCGCCCUGCCUUUCCAGCCCCUGAGAAUCCUGUGCCGCAGCAGGAGCCCAUGCUUGUCCGGCCGGAGGAAGUGGAGGAACUGCAGGGCCCAGACGAAUCAGACGACGAGACUUUGGAUACCGGAGACCCUUUCGCCACCGCAAAUGAUGUCGCCUUUGCCGCUCAGGUUCAGGCUGAUGGACGUUUACGCAGGCGAACGAACUCUGAGCUCGUGGUCCCUCCAGGUCUUAUUGAAACCAGCCCUGCUGAGGCAGGCCCAGUUGAAUCUCAAACCCCUCCAGACGCAGUUGUUGCUGAGGAGCGUGCCAGCGUCUACGAAUACCUUCGUAUUUACCGACAGGCAGAUGGUGAUGCUCGAAAGAUCCUGGAGCUUAUCCACCAGGAGGGGCUUGAAAACAAGCUCUCAUAUUGGGUUGAUGUCACGCGCCGGGCUCUACAUGAUGAAGAUGACGAGCCUCUCCUUGGUAUUGUCACCGAUCCUGACACUAGUCGAGAGCGAGCAGGAAGUUUCGGCUCUACUGUUGCCAGUUCCUCUCGGAAGGCUUACACACCCGGUUCUGACGACUAUCCAACACCAAUGGAUGUGCCCGGCGAAUCUUCAAGCAAGGGCAAGGAAAAGGAGAUCCUACCACCUCUACCUCAUCAAACAUCUGAGACAAGCUUUACAACAAGUCCUUCUCGGCCUCGCGCUGUUUCAGAUGGGCCUCAACUUCAUGACUCAGUGAACCCUCUAGCUAACAACAGUUGGUCAUUUGUAAACCUGCCUGUUGAUACUCAGGAGGCAGGGGCAUCAAGUGGGCUAUCAGAUGCUUCUCAGGCAGCACUUUUUGGAUCCGAAAACCAUGAACAGCUGAGGCAUGACGCUGCGGCUAGUGCUUUGCCUGAUUUGAGAGAAAACGAGGAUGAGCCAGCUCGCCAGGUUGAACGCACUGGAACAUUCGGAACUCCGGAGCCACACGCAUCAGAACAGCCUCCACUUGCUGCAGUUCAGGAAAACGGCCAUCCCGCUGGUUUAGUCGGUAGAGUGACUGAUUUCAUGUGGGGUGACUUGGAUGAGCAACAACGAGCUGUGCCAGAUGCGAAUGCCGCUGACCCCAUCGCCGCUCAGCAAGACGAUACCGAUGGUUGGGAAACUGAGCUUGAUGAAGUCCACCAAGACGUGCCUCCUCCUGAUGAGGCUGCAGCGCAAGAGCCCGAGGAGCCCGAGGAUCUGGGCGAUGGUCCAGGCGCAGGCCUUGAUCAAGAAGCCAUGGAAGAUCUCGAGGAUUUUGAGGGUGUCAUGGAGCUGAUCGGUAUGCGUGGACCUGUUGCUGGACUCUUUCAAAACGCUAUUUUCUGUGCGGUCCUCGUUUCUGUGACAAUCUUUGCUUGCAUCUUUGUUCCUUACAAUUUCGGACGUGUCAGUCUCUGGGUGGUUGCUAACCCCAUGCGUCUUGUUCGCUUGAUCUUUGAAUUCUCCAAGCUCUUGCAAGAUGCUGCCGUUAUGGUUGCCGGAUUUGGUUUGUGGGUUGCUAUCAACAUGAUCGACAUAUUCACGGGCCUUAUUGGGGGCCUUGUGGGCUCUCACGUCAUCAUAGCAAGAAAGGCUUCAUGGUCCCUCUGGACCAAUGCCGGUUCGCGAGUACUGGACUAUACUUUCAUGGAUUUGCCCAUGUCUGCAGCAGAGAUGCAGAAUUUCUCUGCCAUCAGCCAUAGUGCACUCCUCGCAGUCAAAGGCAAUAUCGGUGCUCUAUUCACGAUCACCAGUAAGGUUGUGGGCUUUGUCUUCAGUGGCAGAAUCUUCACCAGCAGUGUGUCGGUGGAAUCAAUUACAUCGGCAGCAGCUGUAGCAUGGCUCAAGAUCACCGCUCUCUCCUCUGCAGUAUUGAAGCCGAAUUCUUGGGUGGUCAACCUUGGAGAGCCUGAUGGACCUCUUAACGUCAAUCCGGAGCUGGCCCACUGGUCGGGGCUGGAUCGCUUCUGGGCCAUCGCAGCAGGCUAUUCAACACUAUUCUUCUUCGGUGCACUUUACUUAAAGCGCGGAAGCCCAUUUUCUCGUGGUCAUAUGCUUCAAGCUUGGGAGGCUGGCAUCAUCGAUACCCUGCACCAAGCUAGUGGCAUUAUGAAGGUUAUCAUGAUCAUUAGCAUUGAGAUGCUUGUCUUCCCGCUUUAUUGCGGACUCUUGCUGGACGGCGCUCUCCUUCCCCUGUUUGAGAACACGACUUUCAAGUCUCGCCUCCUCUUUACUUAUCACUAUCCCCUGACUUCCGUCUUCGUUCACUGGUUUGUUGGCACUGGCUAUAUGUUCCAUUUUGCCCUCUUUGUGUCGAUGUGUAGGAAGAUUAUGCGCCAAGGCGUUCUCUACUUCAUUCGCGACCCAGAUGACCCCGAGUUUCACCCUGUUCGUGAUGUCCUGGAAAGAUCCCUGGCCACGCAGUUGAGAAAGAUCCUCUUCUCGGCUUUUGUGUACGGCGCCCUGGUCAUAGUCUGUCUGGGCGGCGUGGUAUGGGGCCUGUCUUAUACAGUCCCAGGAGUUCUCCCUGUUCACUACUCGUCCAAUGAGCCAGUACUCGAGUUUCCUGUGGACCUACUCUUCUACAACUUCCUUAUGCCACUUGCCGUCAGCUUCUUCAAACCUGGGGAUGGGCUCCAUGCUAUGUAUACAUGGUGGUUCAGGACUUGCGCCCGAGGCUUGCGACUCACUUACUUUCUCUUCGGUGAACGAAAAAUUGACGAGGAGGGGAGCUUGAGUUUGGGUAAUCCCGUCAGAGGCCAACAACUUCCAUGGUACAAGACUCUAUUUCUAGAGCUUGAUAUCCGGUAUAAGGUCGUACCAAAGACCUGGACUGAUUUCUUUGAUGGGGGUGACGCUAAGCCAAGGGCUCCUCUUAACAACAGUGAAAUUCGCUCGCUCACUCGACACAAAAAUCAUCUCAAGACCGCGAAUCAACUUGUUGAGAGUGGACGUUUUGUUCGUGCACCUGCAUCCGAUCGCAUCAAGAUACCCAAGGGCAAGAGGGUCUUCCUUGAUGUUGAUGAACAUGGGCGAAGAAUCGAUGGGCAAGAAGAUACCGAUCUCUACGCCAGCAACCAGUAUCAGAUGGUCUAUAUACCACCUCACUUCCGAGCGAGGGUCUUCCUGUUCAUUCUAUUUAUCUGGAUCUUCGCGGCGGUCACAGGAGUUGGUUUCACCAUUAUUCCACUCGUGUUUGGCCGACGCAUGUUUAAAAUGCUGAUUCCUCGGCAUAUCCGAACAAACGACAUCUAUGCAUUCAGCAUAGGUGUUUAUCUCCUCGGUUCCGCAGCUUACCUGGUCUUCCACGCUCGCAGUGUUUGGGCGAAGAUCAAGGAUGGGGUUUCCGCUGCUAGAGCAUCCCUGGCUGCUGGAAAUCUUGAGCGACGCGCCGCUGCAGUUUUGUUACGGGGUGCCAAGAUGCUUUAUGCUUAUUCUUUCCUACUUGUUGUCUUCCCGCUCCUCAUCUCGGGGCUCAUGGAACUGUAUCUCGCAAUUCCCCUCCACACCUACAUGUAUCCUCCGACGGCGGCGUCAAUUCAGGCGGCAAGAGAGGGUGGGCCAGAGGCUAGCCGGCACACGGUGCGUGUGAUCCAAGCCUGGACACUGGGCCUACUAUACUUGAAACUCGGAGCUCGGAUGAUUACAUCAAUGUUCCCAGAUACUCGCCUUGCUGUCGCUGUCCGGACGGUAUUGCGAGGCGGGUGGGCGAACCCUGAUAUCGGCGUUCUGACCCGAGCUUUCGUGCUUCCUGGUCUUGCGAUUGCUGGAGCUGCCAUAUUUGGGCCUCCAGCACUCACAAGCGCUCUGAUCAAGUACAAAAUCAUCCCAGGCAUUGAAGCAGGAGAGAGCGAACUAGCUGAAGCUGCGCGAAUUGCGAUAACAUAUCGACACUCAUACCCAGCUAUUGCGCUGGCCGCCUUGCUGGUCAAGAACACGAUUGGCCUGGUCAAGGUGUUUAAUGGUUGGACGGCCCGCAUACGGGACGAAGCCUACCUUAUUGGGGAAAGGCUGCAUAACUUUGGGGCUGCCGCUGCAGGAGCGGGAAGGGUCAGAGGUGCAUGGAGAGCUGGAGGGGCAAGACUGUGA